AUGAGUUUCGGCAAAAAAGAUGAGGACGGCGAUUCGGCUUUCCUGAAAGUUGACAGAACCUCCGUAUUCCAGGAAGCUCGACUAUUCAAUAGCUCUCCUAUACAACCACGAAGAUGUCGUGUACUUCUCACAAAGAUCGCCUUACUUCUAUACACUGGAGAGAAAUUUCCUACAAAUGAAGCUACUACACUCUUCUUCGGAAUAUCAAAACUCUUCCAAAAUAAAGAUGCGAGCCUACGGCAAAUGGUUCAUCUUGUCAUUAAAGAACUAGCAGAUUCUGCAGAGGAUACAAUAAUGGUCACGAGCACAAUAAUGAAAGAUACUGGUGGUGGUACUGAUGCAAUCUAUCGGCCUAAUGCAAUCCGUGCGCUUUGUCGAAUAAUUGAUGCCUCUACUGUUCAAAGUAUUGAACGCGUUAUGAAAACAGCAAUUGUCGAUAAAAACCCUUCUGUCUCAUCUGCCGCACUUGUUUCAUCAUACCAUCUUCUUCCAAUUGCUCGCGAUGUUGUGCGAAGGUGGCAAAGUGAGACUCAGGAAGCAGCCACAUCAUCAAAAUCUUCAGGUGGAUAUUCUCUAGGAUUUUCAACCUCAGGGUCUCAAAUGCCUGUAAAUAAUUCUACAAUGACCCAGUAUCACGCCAUAGGCCUUCUUUAUCAAAUGAGGAUGCAUGAUAGAAUGGCACUCGUUAAGAUGGUCCAACAAUUUGGAACUGCUGGUGCAGUAAAAAGUCCUGCUGCCAUUGUAACACUCGUUCGGUUAGCUGCACAAUUGGCCGAAGAAGAUCAGCAACUCCGGAAACCAAUGAUGCAACUUUUGGAUGGCUGGCUCCGGCACAAGAGUGAAAUGGUUAAUAUUGAAGCGGCGAAAGCUAUUUGUGACAUGCGAGACGUCACUGAUACAGAAGCCACUCAAUCUAUCCAUGUAUUACAACUUUUUCUAUCUUCACCGAGAGCUGUAACGAAAUUUUCAGCAAUACGAAUUCUACACAAUUUUGCAUCAGUUAAACCCCAAGCUGUUCAGCCAUGCAACCCAGACAUUGAACUACUAAUAUCUAACACAAAUCGAUCGAUUGCUACAUACGCCAUCACUACUCUUCUGAAAACUGGAAAUGAAACUAGUGUGGAUCGAUUGAUGAAACAGAUUUCUGGGUUUAUGACGGACAUAACUGACGAAUUUAAGAUAACAAUCGUUGAGGCAAUCCGGAUUCUUUGUCUUAAAUUUCCUAGUAAGCAGGCCGGAAUGCUCGCAUUUCUUAGUGGAAUACUUCGGGACGAAGGUGGAUACGAGUUCAAAAGAGCUGUCAUUGAGAGCAUAUUUGAUUUGAUCAAGUUUGUUCCUGAUUCUAAAGAGGAAGCUCUGGCACAUUUAUGUGAAUUUAUCGAGGAUUGCGAGUUUACAAAGUUGGCCGUUAGAAUACUCCACCUACUUGGCUUAGAAGGUCCGAAGACUUCACAACCAACGAAAUAUAUUCGAUAUAUUUAUAACAGAGUUGUUUUGGAAAAUGCUAUCGUCAGAGCUGCAGCGGUCACAGCACUUUCUAGGUUUGGUGUCGGACAGGAAGACCCUGAAGUAAAGCGAAGUGUAACUGUCUUGCUUACUAGAUGUCUAGAUGAUGUGGAUGACGAAGUUCGUGACCGCGCAGCUCUCAAUCUAAGAUUAAUGUCUGAAAGUAAUGAAGUCGCCGACCUCUUCGUAAAAAAUGACAAAACAUAUGCUCUCCAAUCAUUUGAGCAUCAACUUGUACUAUAUGUCACUGCCGACGAUAAGACAGUAUUUGAGACGCCAUUUGACACUUCAACUAUUCCUUUAGUUACUAAGGAACAGGCUGAUGCUGAAGACCGCUCUAAGAACUUCACUUCUAUCAUGCCGUCCACCAAGGCACCAAACACGAAUUCAAAGAAGGUCGCACCCUCUAGUUCAGAGGCUGCAGUUUCUGCUUCAACAAUGGCCCAGAAAUAUCAACAAGAACUUCUUCGUAUCCCUGAGAUUAGAUCGCACGGAAACAUUUUGAAAUCAUCAUCGUCUGUCGAAUUAACGGAAUCAGAGACAGAAUAUGUUGUUAGCGUUGUUAAACACAUUUUUCAGGAACAUAUCGUGUUACAGUACAAUGUUAAGAACACUCUACCAGAUACGCUCUUAGAAGACGUUUCUGUCGUUGCUAUACCCUCAAAUGAUUAUGAAUUAGAGGAAGAAUUUAUCAUUUCCGCCACAAAGUUAAAGACAGAUGUUGCAGGGACUGUUUAUGUUUCGUUCAAGAAGAUUGGUGGAAAAGGCUCUUUUCCAGUCCUUACAUUCACCAAUACUCUGAAGUUUACAACAAAAGAAAUUGAUCCGAUAUCAGGUGAUCCAGAAGAAGUCGGAUAUGAUGAUGAGUAUCAAGUCGAAGACCUUGAGCUAAUGGGAAGCGAUUACGUUAUGCCUGUAUUUGCCGGGAACUUCAAUCAUAUCUGGGAACAAAUUGGUGCUUCAGGUGCUUUAGGUGAAGAAGCUGAAGAAACACUGCAACUCAGUGGUAUGAGCAGCAUCGCAGACGCAACUGAACAACUUGCCCAAACAUUGUCCCUCCAAGCGCUAGAAGGAUCAGAUAUCCCAGUUAGUAUGACCACUCAUACAUUGAAACUCUUCGGAAAGACUGUCACUGGCGGUCGCAUAGCAGCAAACAUUCGAAUGGCAUUUUCAACUAAAUCUGGGGUUACAAGUAAAAUAGUUGUGCGUAGUGAAGAAGAAGGCGUCGCAAGCCUAGUCUUAGAAUCCCUUUCGUAA